AUGUUCGAGAGCCGCAGCAAGCCCGCAAGCGACCCUCUGGUCCUGUGGUUGACAGGCGGACCGGGUUGCUCUUCUCAGCUCGCGCUGCUCGCAGAGAACGGUCCCUGCAACAUGGCCAAGAACGGCACCGGAACCGAGAAGAACCCCUACUCCUGGACCAGCAACGCCAACGUCCUCUGGGUGGAUCAGCCAGCCGCGACCGGCUUCUCCACUGGGCUGCCGUUGGUGCAUGACGAAGAUGGCGUCGCCAAGAACAUGUACAACUUCAUGCAGGAGUUCUACAAGGCGUUGCCUCAGUACAAGCACCUUGACUUCUUCAUCUUCGGCGAGUCCUAUGCCGGACACUACGUGCCGGCCGUGUCCCACUACAUCUGGCAGCAGAAUCAGAAGGGCGACGCCUUCAAGGUCCCCUUGAAAGGCCUGGGCGUCGGCAACGGCCUGACGGAUCCCCAGGAGCAGUACAAGUGGUACGGAGACAUGGCCUACGACGGGGGCAAGUCUGAGGGAGGAACCCUGCAGAAAGGCGUCAUCGGCAAGCUGGGAAGCCUGGCGAUGAAGGCUGCCAGCAUCCCCUGCGUGAAGCAGAUCGCGUCCUGCAACGCCGGGGAUGACAACGCCUGCACGACGGCCUACGCCUUGUGCAACUAUGGCGAGCUGAUCCCCUACCAGCUGACAGGCCACAACCCCUACGACAUGCGCAUCAAGUGCGAGAAGCCGCCCCUCUGCUACGACUUCAGCGCGGUCGAGGACUUCCUGAAUGACAAGGACACGCAAGCGCAGCUGGGCGUGUCAAAGAAGUGGGGAAGCUGCAACCGAAUCGUGAAUUUGGCCUUCCAGCACGACUGGAUGAAGAACUUCCACACGAAGCUGCCUGACCUCCUUGGUGCCGGACUCCAGGUACUUAUCUAUGCAGGCGAUGUGGACUACAUCUGCAACUGGCUGGGAAACAAGAAGUGGGCGCUGGGGCUGGAAUGGCCCCACAAGGCCGAGUUCAACGCGGCAGGGGACAAGAGCUACGAGGUGGAGGGCAAGGCGGCGGGGCGCUUGCGAUCUGCCAACGGCUUCCACUUCAUGCAGGUCUUCCAGGCGGGCCACAUGGUGCCCAUGGAUCAGCCAGCCGUAGCGCUGCAGAUGCUCAACGACUUCAUCCAGGGCAAGUUUGCCCAGGAAGCGGCCAUUGUCGUCUGA